AUCACCAUAUCCAGCAUUGCCUACUCUCUCGUGGGCUCUCCCAUGACCUGCUCCAAAAAAACCAUCUCAGUUCCCUGGGAUCUGUUUGCAACCUGAUUUUCCCACUGCGAGGAGACAGUGUGGGUGGAGGAGGCAGCAUCUUGUUCGUUCUGAUGGUGGUCAUCUCCUCAGUCUAUGCAGAGGACGCUGCUGUCGAUGGAGUGUGGUCAGAUUAUUGGGUUUUGCGUUUCUUGGUUAAUCUGGCUGGUUAUGCUACAAUUAUCAUCCCGGGAUAUCUCCUGGUUCAGUAUUUCAAGAAGAGCAACUACCUGGAAACAGGCCGUGGGAUCUGCUUCCCUGUUGUUAAAGCCUGUGUGUUUGGGAAUGAGCUAAAACCUGGCGUACAGGAGCAACCAUUUCCAUCUCCCCGAGUGGAGACCCAGGAACCCUCCUUCACCAGGCAGACCAUCAAGCUGCUGGGCUGUGUCAUCGGACUCCAGGCUUCCUACCUGACCUGGGGGGUGGUCCAGGAGCGUGUGAUGACCAAGGCUUACGGGAGGACAGACACGGAGCCCGGGGUGAAGUUCCGUGACUCGCAGUUCCUGGUCUUUAUGAAUCGGAUCCUGGCUGUUACAGUCGCUGGCCUGUGUUGUGCCCUCAGCAAACAGCCACGACACGGGGCGCCCAUGUACAACUACUCCUUCGCCUCCAUCUCCAACAUUCUCAGCAGCUGGUGCCAGUACGAGGCCCUGAAGUUCAUCAGCUUCCCCACCCAGGUGCUGGCCAAAGCUUCCAAGGUUAUUCCCGUCAUGCUGAUGGGCAAGAUUGUGUCCCGUAAGAGUUACGAGUACUGGGAGUACCUGACCGCGGUUCUUAUCUCAGCUGGAGUCAGUAUGUUCCUGCUUUCACACUCUCAGAGCCAGCAUCCAUCCACAGUCACCACCUUCUCCGGAAUCCUCAUCCUGGUGGGUUAUAUCCUCUUCGAUAGCUUCACCUCCAACUGGCAGGACGCUCUCUUCAGGUACAAGAUGUCCUCCGUCCAGAUGAUGUUUGGGGUGAACCUCUUCUCCUGCCUGUUCACGGUCGGCUCUCUGCUGGAGCAGGGAGCUUUCUUCCAGAACCUGUCCUUCAUGUUACAGCACCCGGAGUUUGCGGCUCACGCUGGGCUGCUGUCCGUCUGCUCUGCGUGUGGCCAACUCUUCAUCUUCUACACCAUCAGCCAGUUUGGGGCAGCUGCCUUCACCAUCAUCAUGACACUUCGGCAAGCGUUUGCCAUCCUGCUGUCGUGCCUGAUCUACGGUCACUCGGUGACGGUGGUGGGUGCUCUGGGCCUGGCCACUGUGUUCCUCUCGCUGUUCCUGCGGGUGUACGCCAGGAGCCGGAUGAACAGGAAGAAGAGGGCAGCCCAGAGCCAGACGCCGGUGCAGAAGGUAUAAGCAGGAGGCCCUCCCUCGCCAGGACGCUGGGUCAGGUUAAACAAGGGCGAGGUGACAGACGGUGUUACGUUGGAAUUCUGAAUCUCUCCGGCUCAUCCGACAGCAGGAUGACUCCCCGGGAUCCAAGCUGUGUUUGUGUUCCACUCCCUGUCCCCCACAGUCAGCCAGAGACCCCUCCCCUACCCCACCCCCUCCCUGC